AUGGGCUACACUUCCGACAAGAUUGUUGUGCGGACGAAGCAUGACAGUGAGGAGGAGGCGCAUGACAAGAACUUGAUGGAGCGGAUCAUGCAGAAGAACCAGAACCCAUUUCAGGCACUUGUUGACCCUCUCUUGGCGAAGACUUCAUACGUGUACCACACCUACCUGUACUCCUCCGGCAUGAUGUUUCUCAUGCUCGCUUUUUGGGGGGCGUACCCGUCGUUGGUGCGGUUCCGUCACGCGCACGUCUUCCGCUACCGUCGCACGCAGCUCUCCUUCCGUCGCGGCCUCUUCGCCACCGAGCACAUCCCCAAGUGGAGGAAGAGCCAUCUCCAGCGUAUUGUUGUUCCACCUCUCCCAGUACGCGAGUUGGCGAUUGUUCGUCCUGCAGCCGCAUCAUCUGUGCAGUCGAUACCCUCUUCCCCUUCAGAUGUUCCUAGCGCCGUUUCAGUGACUGCGGCAGCGGACUCUGCCGUUAUGGAGGGCGCUGCGAGGGACAAGGAUUUGGGUUUUGAUAUGUUGGAGAUGUCUGCCACGCGCACCUCGCACGCCAGCUUUGGCGCCGGCGAAACAGAGAAUAGCGAGCGUACCCUUAGUGAUGAGCUGAUGAGCAUAAACCGAGACUUCUUUGGUCCAAAGUCGCAUCUUUUCAGCCGUCCCAUACAAGAGGAUUUCGAGAUGAGCGACCUGCAUCGGCGUCUCAAGACAGCAGUGGCUACUGCCAAGGCGGUAGUAGUCCUGAGGGAGAACCACAGCACCGUGCGAAGUAUCCCAGAAGGGUGGGAGGUGUGGUGGGUUUCGGAACCCGAGGCACGACGUCGCCGGUUCUGCAAGUUCUGGCUUGGUGGCCUGGUGUGUGCGCGCGCAUUCCAAGAUCUGAUGGAUAUGCCGGAUAUGCCGGACUUCGUCACCUAA